AUGGUUCAAAUUGUUGAGUUUAUGGAGAAGCAUCCAAAGUUUGUGAGAACUUUCGCUAUGUUCUGGGGAAUUGUUCUGGUUGUGGCGGCUGCAGUGCCUACAAUGGAAACGAAUCGGAUUAGUGAAUUCGAGAAAAAUGAGUAUUCCGGAGCAUCUGAACGAAAACCAAUUCGUACUUUCACUCUGGACGGAUGUUUCAUUCUGGAGACUCUCAGGCUUCUCACCGAUGAAACACAAUGGGAUCUCAACGUUGAAUCACAAUGGAAACUCGAUCCCGUCUUUAAUAGAAACAGGGUCCGAUCUUGUCAAUUUGACAUUUUAAGUGACAUUCUGAUGCUUGAAAAUCAGGUUCCGAUAGUACUGCUUAUGGAGCUGUUGGCAAUGGAGGACAAAUCAGCGGUAGAAGAAGCGAUGAUAGAGCUGCUCAGAAUGAUAUGUGAUGGUAUAAUUGCAUUGGUCCACCCUUUCAAUUAUUCUCUUCAGCCAAACACGAAGGAACAACAAACAGAGCAUAGACAGCGCGAGGUGAAAUUGAGGAGAAUUUUCGAGUCAAAGUAUAAAAAUCUGGAGGACUACAACCACAUUUUAGGUUUUUUUCAUGAUUUUAUUGUGGACGAGUUCCAAGCAGAAAAGACAGGAGAUAUUCAAUUUACUGUACCACGCCGCCGCCGCCGCCGCCGCCAUGGUCAUCCUCGUGAAACACCACUUCAUCAAAUUCAAAAUCAGUCUCAUCGUCAACAGCUGAGGGCUUCAGUGGCAGAGUUAUACAAGAAUGGAAUGAAGUUUAGGGCAUACGAUGGAGUUCCAUCCUCCAAACUCCGUUUUGACAAAAGGGAAAAGACUCUGUAUCUCCCUGUUGUAUAUGUAUCUGAUUCUACAGAGGUGAUUUUGAGAAAUCUGAUGGCUAUAGAUGUGUGCCAAGAAAAGGAACUCAGCAUUAUCUCUGAGUAUGUCUUUCUGAUGAACAGUUUGAUUCAGUCUGAGGAAGACGUGGUUUUGCUGCGGAAGAAGGGAAUAAUUCAGAGCUCCAUUGGGACUGACAAGGAAGUGACUGAUCUCUUCAACGGUCUCUCCAAAGGAGUUAAUUUCAGUUUUUCAGAUGAAGAUGAGUUCGGGCAAUUGAAGAUUAGUGUUAAUGGAUGGUAUAGAAGGCGAACUAUGGUUCAAGUUGGUGAGUUUAUGGAGAAGCAUCCAAAAUUUAUGAGAACUUUCACUAUGUUCUGGGGCGUAGUUCUGGUGGCGGCGGCUGCAGUGCCUACAAUGGUGCAGAUAUUCAAACAAUUAUAUUCGCAUGCUAAAUAA